GGAGGCAGCGGCGGCGCCUGGGCUGAGCCGGGCUCUCUCGGCCGCCGCAUGCACCUCGCGGGGAGCGGCUGCCGAGCGGGCGGAGAGCGAGCGCCGGGGGCCCCGUGGGAGCGGCCGCCAGAGAAGCCCGGAGAUGGGAGAGCAGCCCAUCUUCACCACCCGAGCGCAUGUCUUCCAGAUCGACCCCAGCACCAAGAAGAACUGGGUGCCUGCGAGCAAGCAGGCCGUCACUGUUUCCUACUUCUAUGAUGUCACAAGGAGCAGCUACCGGAUCAUCAGUGUGGACGGAGCCAAGGUGAUCAUAAACAGCACAAUCACACCGAAUAUGACCUUCACCAAAACAUCGCAGAAGUUUGGCCAGUGGGCCGACAGCAGAGCCAACACAGUGUUUGGUCUGGGGUUUUCCUCUGAGCAGCAGCUGACAAAGUUUGCAGAGAAAUUUCAGGAGGUCAAGGAAGCUGCCAAACUCGCCAGAGAAAAGUCCCAGGAGAAAAUUGAGACCUCAAGUAAUCAUUCCCAGGCAUCCAGUGUGAACGGGACGGACGAUGAAAAGGCCUCUCAUGCGGGACCAGCCGACACACACCUCAAGUCCGAGAAUGACAAGCUGAAGAUUGCACUGACGCAGAGCGCUGCCAACGUGAAGAAAUGGGAGAUCGAGUUGCAGACCCUGCGAGAGAGCAAUGCCCGCCUGACCACGGCGCUGCAGGAGUCGGCAGCUAGUGUGGAACAGUGGAAGAAGCAGUUCUCCAUCUGCCGGGAUGAGAAUGACCGUCUCCGCCACAAGAUUGACGAGCUAGAAGAACAGUGCAAUGAGAUAAACAGGGAAAAGGAGAAGAAUUCACAGCUCAAGAAGAGGAUUGAAGAACUAGAGUCAGAACUCCGGGAGAAGGAGACAGAGUUGAAAGAUCUGCGGAAACAAAGUGAAAUCAUACCUCAGCUCAUGUCAGAGUGUGACUAUGUCUCUGAGAAGUUAGAGGCUGCAGAGAGAGACAAUCAGAACCUAGAAGACAAAGUAAGGUCACUAAAGACGGACAUUGAGGAGAGUAAAUACCGACAGCGCCACCUGAAGGUGGAGUUGAAGAGCUUUCUGGAGGUGCUGGACGGAAAGAUAGACGACCUCCAUGACUUCCGCCGAGGCCUCUCCAAGCUGGGCACAGACAACUAGGGCGGCGGAGACCAGGCUGCUGUGAGUCCCACUUGUGUGAGUCGCAGUAGGACUAGGACACGCUCCUCCCCUUUGCGUUGCUUCUGUAAAUGCCGGCGCGGUGUGUCGUGUGUCCAGACCAGGCGUGCGUCCACUUGCUCCUCUUCGGAAUAGAAAUCUCCUCUCACUUCUCUGGCCUUUGAGGUUGUGGACAACUGGAAGAUUCUGACUCAGGAAUCCAGAACUAGGUCUACCUUAAACGUUUACGCAGUCAGGGCAGGGAUGUUUCUAUCUUUCUUAAGGGCUGUUGCAACCCUACAACUGAAGAACAAGUCUUUUCUAACCCUAAUGUCGGUAUCCUUUGACAGGCCGUCUUGCUCCUCUGAUUGAAUGGCACUCAGUAUGUAACUGUCUGCCAGGUUCCAGUCUAUGGGGGUAUGGCCGGUACAACUCUCUCAGUCAGCAUUGGGAGGCUUUAAAGUGAGCCUGUAGGAGAGAAUUGUCCAGAGGAGAACAGCACGUUUUCCGGCAGGUGUGCCUUUUUGCCUGUCUCUGCCACACUCCAGUCUCCCCCAUCACGUUUGGUUGCGACAGUGCUCCUUCCCUUGGUUUGAAUUCCUGAGCCGGUGCUCAUGUUGUGGGAGCAACAUGCAGUGAGGGUGCCUAGCUCAGUGCCUGGCACAAAGUAGGUGCUCAAUAAAUAUUUCUUCAAUUAAACAUCUAAACAGAACUUAGUGUUUUAAUCAAACCCCACAGUGGAGUUCAAACCCCGCUGAAUGAUAGGCACUUUGUUGUUCUGAGUAGUUAUCAGAAUGACAGAUCCAGCUAGCCAAACCUGAGAGUGGCUCACGUGUCGCUGACACAUCAGAGGUUGUUGUGAGGUCAGGAUGCUCUGACCUGGGGGGCAGGGUGUCCUCUGUCCCCAGGGUCUUUGCCCCUGGGACCAUGUUCAUUUCUGGACAUUGGCAGCGUGGAGCCUGAAAAUUCCAGAACACUGUGUGGCACCUCAGGGCUUGGGAACUACGUGUGAUCUUGUGAAGGGUGUGGGUGGCUAUGAAAGAAAUUAUCCAGGGCCAUGAGGUUGAGGAAGGAGGUCUACUCAUCCCAGGAGCGUUGGCCUUGACAGAGGAGCUCUGUCUGGCAUUUUUCAGUUCCUGCUAAGGAAGAGACUGGAACCCUAAACCUCUUCUUUCCUGCAGAGCUGCUCAUGGAGCCAGUGGGCCUUUGGGUGCCAGCAUCCUCUGGGAGACAUCACUUUCCCCACUAGAGGUGUGAGUCCCUGGGCCCGCACAUUUCUAAAUGCUUUGAGCAUGAGGAAGCUUUACUGCCCUCUUACCCCUCUGAGAACCACCUCCUGUGAGAAAAAAAGCCUGAGGAGGUGGGCGUGGGCCCUGUGGACAGGAAGCAGACCUCAAGGUGAGGGUCUGAGUCCUCAGCUGUCUUUCCCCAGCUGAGCCCUCUCUCAGCAGGGAAGUCUUGCCUGGGAUAGGAAAAAGGGUAGGCUGGUGAUACGGGGCACCAGGUACUUUAGGAGAGAGCCUGCAGGCUCUAUGGGGCCUUAGCACACGAGUCUCUUAGGAAGUGGGACAUAUGAUCAGCCCUUCUAUGAUUCAGACCAAGCGGCUUCCCACCCUGCCCUCCCCUUAGCUCCAGGUGGCUCUUGGGACAGUAAGUUGCAGCUCCCUACUGGCUGUUCCAGGAGUCCUGAGAACUGAACUGUCCAUGAGUCGGUCCUAUGGCCCAGCAGCAGAGUAAAGGGGACCCUUCUCAGGCCAGCUUGGGCUAUUUGUCCGCAGCCUGAGCCUGUUACUGCCCUGAUAGAGUAGACAUUGGGAUCCAAAUGCCCUCAACUCGGGCCUUUCAGGUGACCCCACCUCUUGUCUACAGUGGACACGUUAAGCUAGAGCAAACCCUCUUGGCGAGCCAGAGUAUGCUCAGGUGACAGUCCUAGGUGGAUAAUUGCUAAAGCCAUUUGUACAUUCUCAUAGUGGUGACUCUAGAAAACAUGUACAUAGAAGUGUAGCGUGUAUUGGAAGUCAUUACUACUGUGUGCUGCUACGGGCCUGAGGCCCACAAUCCUGCUCUCUGUUGAAGAGUAUGCCGAGCAGCUUGGUGCUGGUGGUGAAGAGCUUAGAUCCCUCAUGUGGCUGGGACUGCAGCCCAGAUGGGGGCCCUUUAAAGGCAGGAUUAGAUUCUUCAAUGAAAGCACAAAACUUGACAGAAGCACUGAACUUUCUAGUCCUCUGCGUUCCUUUAAAGACCACAAUGUUUCUUCAUUUGGCUUCUUUUAAACUAAGAAUGGCCCAGGAACAUCCCAGAUAAUAAGGGGCCUGGUUCUGGCUGACAGCCUCUGGUACCAUGCAGAGGGGACCCAGUACCAGUGACAGUGCCCCACUGCAUCUGUCCUGGGUUUCCCAUAACACGGCCUGUGGGAUGCAGUCUUGGGACUGUCAUGUGGCCUUAUGCCAUGUGCAGGCCGGAUGUCGCCUUUUCCCUCGUGGUCAUUGCAAUCACAUUGGGCUGCCUGGAAAGGUCAGGACAGGAGCACUUUAUCAGUUUCUGGAUGAGGUCUCUUUGGUUUUGUCAUCUCCAAACCUGGCUCGCUGUGCCUGGAUUGGCUUUUGAUAUCCAUCUGUGAAACCUGCAGCCUACAAGAGGCCAAAACUCAGAACCCUUCACCGUGAUGAUCCUUAAAGAUCACUUCACUCCAGGAAGAGACCCAGCUGGAUGCAUUUCGCAUUCUGGGAUGGGAAGGAGAGGGGAUGUCUUCCAAUGCCCUGGGGAUGUGAAGCCACCAGGGUGACAGGUUGGGAGAGUGUGGUCAGGCCUUGGGUGAAAGCGACCCAGAGUGCACACAGGCCGGCUGGCUGGAGUGCUCCGUUAGCCCUGCACGCUGUCCUUUUAGACCUUCAUCAGGGAAGAGGACUUUGUAGAAAUUGCUACCUGCAUUCUACAGAUAGGAAGCAGAGGCAGAGAUAGGGACAUACCCAUAGUACUUCCUGUGAUGGGCAGUGUGGACUCUGCACCGAGUCUCUGGACCUUGGCCCGGUAUUUGUCUAUGAGCCAUAUCCCUGUUCUCUCUGUAGUAAUCCCUGGGUGAUUAAAAAAAAAAAAAAAAUUCUCUUGAGUCCUACCUAGUAAGAGCACGUUGCAAUUAUGUUAUUUUAAUGUGUAGCCACAGUAAAGGACAACUUACAAAGGAGCAAAUCAGAAUUUUGUUUAUGUUCAUUAUAAACAAUAAGUUCCAUUUUGGGUGAUUCUUGUUUUUUAGGGAUCUUUCCGAGAAGUGUUGGUUACAGUGAUGUCCAGGCUUAGAGGCCAGUUAGGUGGCACGCAACCUCACCGAGUUCUUUGUUGAUAGCUUUAAUAGAAGCAGAGUAAUCCGAUUAGAACAGGUGAAGAGCCCUGCAACUACAGAGACAGAAGCAGCCGCCGUGGAGGUGGUGCUAGGGAGGGAGCAGGCUUGCAGGUCUUAGAGCAGGUUGUACAGGCCCGGAAGGACUGUCCACAGGGGCAGCUGGUCUCCAGCCCAGAGGCCCCUUAAGCUCAGCAUCACAGAGGGAGUUGGCAGGUGCCUGGCUGGCGUGGUCUGCAUUUGUCACGAUACAUUAGAUAAAGGGUGUUGCGUAAAACUAUAUUCUUCCCCGAAGCAUCCCUACCUGCCCGUUUUAAAGGGGUUUGUCUUCUACAGACAAAUCUCCUCUUCUGUAGAAACAAGGAAGACUGUGGAUGAGGGCCAAGCACCUCAUCUUGGGAAACAGGACGACUGUGGUGUGACUUAGCAUAAGCACUCAAGAGAGGCUGUGCUUUGCUAAUAACCAAAAGCAGGCUGAUGCGCCAUCCAUCCUUCUAGAAGUUACACUUCACUUACCAGAAACAUCAGUGGAUUUGGAAGCACUUGGAAUAUAAACUAGAAGCUUGAAAAUGAAUGUCUGUGUAUAUAGUAUUGAAUGACAUGAUGUUUUAAACAGACCCUGACUUCUCAGUAUAUGGCUUCGCCAAAGAAAUGAUAACAUGUUCUGGGGUGAUGGCUGAUAGCGUGAAGAGGAAAUCCUUUGUAGAAAUUUACAUUUUUAAAUGUCUUUUUUCAUGCACCUAUCUCAAGAAUAGAGUCCUUUAAACAUGACCUAGCAAGGUGACUAUGCUACAAAUUCUCAGCUGGAUGAAAUGUUCUGGUGAACCUAGGACUCCAUGUGUGUGUGCACACACGUGUGCUGGAGGAGGAGGGAGCUCGGGGCAGCAGGAGAAGCAAUAAGGAAGGGUUUUAAAUGUAAAAAUAUAUUCUGAGAGGAGUCUUUAUUUCAAUAUUUCGGGGUUGAUGUUCUAUGUUCUGGAAUCCAUGUAUGAGGAAGUGUGUGGGUCUUCGUCAUGAGUGGAGCUGUACAGUGCCCUACCAUCUCCGACAGUGCAGAGCUGGCUCUGGGGUGGCCUGGCACACCUGGCACACACAGACCAACCACAGUGGACUCCAAACUUUCCGUGUUGGCAGGUUCCUGGCAGGAGGGACACUGUGCAGCCGUGGAGAAUGUACUGCGUUCCUGUCUUUACCUUCUUGUACUAUGAAAAGAAAGUCCUGACUUUGAAUUGGUUGUUAAGCAGUGCGUGAUUAGGUAUGAUAGGCAAGAAGCCGUUUCUUACACCAGAUGUAAGAGUUUAAUGAGGACAGGGUGGAUAAGUGGACUCUCCCAAGAAUUUUUUCCCUUUAAAUGCUUUUUUUGGUAUAUGAAUAACAUAUACAUUUUUAAAAAACUAAAGAUAAGUGAAAAGGAAAAAAAACCCUAUUAUUCUGACUAUAACCACUGUUAACAUUUCAGUGUUAUGUUGAAUAUAUGUUCAGACUUUCUCUCAUGCAUCUACAUGUGCUUCGUUACUUUUUCCAUAAAAUAUCAGAUUAUGCAUACUGUUCUGUAACUUGCUUUCCCCACUAUUCACACUAUUGUGAGUAUAUUUCAAUAUGUAAUCAUAUUCUUUUAAAUAUCUGUGUAGCCCAUAUCUUGGAUACUUAGGCAGUUUUCAGAAUUUUUUUUUUAUUGUUAUAAUCAAGGGCAUAAUGAAACUCUUCUGGCAUCUUUAUAAGCUUUUCCGAAUAUUUACUUAGGAUAAUUUUCUAAGAGGGAACUUGUGGGCUCGAACAUGUUUCUCCCGAUCUAUGGCUUGUUCCUUCCUGGGCACACAGGAAGCCCUACUCUCUGUUGUCCCUGUAGCCAUUCAGGGUCUUAUGACUAAUGCCAGCCAAUGAAGUGUGGGUAGAGACUAAACUGUCCAGAUGUCAAGCCUGGGUGUCUGUCCCCUGCCCUCAUCAAUGUCACCUCCUGGGUGGUGCCAUCAGCCUGGCUUCUGUGGAGCACACCUUCCUUUUAUUUCUCUUCCACCACCAAUUUGCGUGGACCUAUAGUGAGAACAGAAUAUAAACCUUUGUGUUAUACCACUGGGACUUCCAGGUUAACUUAUUACUGCAUAUCACGGCCUGUUCUGACUGAUGAUAAGAGGUAGGCACAUUUUUAGUUUUUAUUAUACAGGGUAUGAUUUAAAAAAAAAAAGACACUGUGAAAGAUACAUUACCAUUCAUCCCCCUCAAAAUAUUCCCCUUCACUUUAAACACACUUACCUGGUGGUUCUUGCUGCUUUCUGAAGCAGUUCUGGAGUCGUCCGUCUUUAGUGGCGCUGUCAUGGCUGCCUCCAUGUCUUGAAUUGAUUCAAAAUGUUGGCCUUUCAUGCUCAGAGUCCCACAGUGCCAGAUCCAGCGAGUAAGGUGGAUGAAGAGCACUGUAAUGUUUCUUACAAGCUUGACUUUCCGCUGGUGGCACACAGCAGUAGCAAUCACCAUAAUUUUUGUCAUACCUAUUAAAGACACUCAUGAAAGAGUGUUCAGAACUGCUUCAGAACAGGGCAAGAACAAUGAGAAAAGUGUGUUUGAAGUCUUUUGAGGAAGCUGUAAUUUAAAAAAAAUGAUAGUGCAUGUUUGCCGUUCAUGCAGUUUAAGGAAGCCUAAAGGCAAUGUGCCUUUUGCUGUAAUAAUGUUUUCCUUGCACACUCACUGUGUAUGGUGAUGACCCCUGUGCAUUGCUGCAAGUUGUCAUUCAGAAAGAUGAUUCCCUGUACCAGAAAAAAGGUGAUUCCAAAAUAUAUUCCCACCCCCACCACUGUGUAAGAAUGUCCAACUCCUUUUCCAGCAGUUAUUAGCAUGAGGUCUGGAGGUAAAAAUAAAAUUGAAUUUUUGAUUAAAAUAAUGACCAUCAUUAGAAAAAUGUUUUUAUUGAAAUACACAUUUUUCUAGUCUGGCCAGUUUUUUUCAGAAGGGAAUCUAACGCCUUCAUUGAUUUCUAAGAGGUUUUUAAAAACAAAUAUUUUAGAAAGUUGUAAAUUACAUUAUAGCUUUUAAAAAAUAG